UAAUGUUAAAUUUCAGAAAUUAAUGGUGCUUGAAGUAGCUUGCUUUCCUCUUUUUCAUCUAUUUUGCAAAGAAAUGAUGUGUGACUAAUAAAACUAAUAUCAUGUGCAUGAUAUUUAUUUUAUAUCAUCAACAGUAUUGGUCUGAUGUUAUAACCUUCAAUUUCCUACUCUUGAGUGUCCAGACAGCUUAUGCAUAUGAGGACUAGAUGUUUUGACCUUUUAAAUGACAUUGUAAGACUGGUGCAAUCCCUUGUACAGAAGAUGUAUGGAUAUUAGAUGUCUCAAAUGGGUCGUGGCAGCAGUCAGCCCAGCACAAUGUUGGCCCUGUUCUCUGGCAUGCUGCAGCUGUUGCUUACCCUGGAGAACUUACAGUGUAUGGUGGCAUAAAGAACAACCUACUGGAUUACUCUCAGCCAAAGGUGACUGUUGGAUGGUGGAGGUGGAAGGAACCCAGCUAGGUCUGAAAUAUGCCCACUGGCAAGAAGUACGUAUUCCUUAUGACCACAGUCAGCCUCGGUGUUGGCAUGAGGCUUCUGUGAUACCAGAAGGGGAGCUGUACAUUCACUCAGGCUUAACCCAGCCAUUCCACAUCACCAGGGAUUUGUUAACAAUGACUGCUGGAUGAUGAAGGUGGGAAGGGACUUGCUAGGUUUCACAGAUACUGAGUGGAUCGAAGUACCCCUAGCUUAUGACCAUGGGGAGCCUAGAUGUUGGCAUGCUACUGCAGUCAUACCAGAUGGGGAGGUGUACAUUCACUCUGGACUUACACAGCCCUUCUACAUCACCAUGGCUUUGCUCAUUGAUCAUGCUGAAGAAAUGGUUGUACUGAGGUUCAGUCCCCCAAGUCUACAGAGAUUAACAAUAGAAGCUGUAUGUGGAUUAGACUUGCAACUACGUUCCCAUUGGUGCCAGCUUCCACAGACUCUGCAGCACAUCCUUAAAACCCGAACUUGUCCUGAUCGGAUAUUGUAGCAUUUUAUUUAUAACGUAAUUUUGGAAUCUACUUUGCAGCAUAAUGAUCUUGCCUUAAAAGUAGUAAUUUUCUUAAAAUCACAUUCAGUCACAAGCCUUUGGUGUUUGUGUGUGUGUGUGUGUGUAUAAGAAUUUUUGACCCCGUUCUAUUAUUAUUAUUUACCUUUUUGGAUGUUAGAGAAUUCAAGUUACAUAUUUUUGGAUGUUAGGGAAUUGAAGUUACCUAUUUGAUAUUACUAUAUUUAUCACUUUGGGAGAAGUAUCACACUGCCUCUGUUAAAUUAUGUCUAAUAUGUGUGCUGCUUAAAUUAUUGUACGAUACCCACCAUGUUCACCAAAAAUGAAAUAAAGCUUGGAGAGAGACACUGAAACAUGUUUAAAAGAAAA